UUUGGAUUGUAGCCACUUUAACAACUAGAGUUCACUCCAAGUUGAUAAACCCUCAGUGAAGGAGUUAUUAGACCAGCAGGGACCCACAGACAAUUGGGACUGACAGUCAGAGUGUGUCAAAUAUGGAGGAUGAUGAGUGCUGGGUCCAGCUGGAGGAAUACAGACUGCUGCUGACAAAGACCAUUGAGCCGUCGCAAAUCACUCCCUACCUGCGGCAGUGCAAGGUGCUAAGCUGUGAUGAUGAGGAGCAGAUAUUCAAUGACCCCAAUCUGGUCGUCCGCCGACGCAAAGUAGGUGCACUAUUGGAUAUUCUUCAAAGAACUGGACACAAAGGCUAUGUGGCAUUCCUCGAGAGCUUGGAGCUGGACUAUCCUCGACUGUAUCACAAAAUUACUGGCAAAGAACCUGCCCGGGUCUUCUCCAUACUAGUUGACACGGUGGGUGAGUCAGGACUGACUCAGUUCUUAAUGAAUGAGGUCACACGUCUGCAGAAGGGACUGCAGGAGGAACGCCGGCGCAGACAAGAGGCCGCUGCGGCUGCAGCCACGCAGGAGGACACUGUCCGCCAGCACCAGGUUAAGGAGAGGGAGCUGCGGAAGCAGCAGGAGCGCGUACAUCGUAUGCGGGAAGAGAAGGACCGGCUGUGGGAGGAGGUACGCCACCUGAAGGACGAGAACUACAGCCUGAUGCACGAUGUUACCAAGCUGAGCGAAGAGAAGAACAGUGCCCUCAUGUCCAACCGUGAUCUGCAGCUGGAGAUAGAGAAGCUGAAGCACUGCCUGAUGAACGCGGAGAGCGACUCGAAAAUCAGAACUGUGAAACUGAAGAACGCCAUGGAGCAUAGACCCAGCCAGGACAGGAUGUUGCAGCUCCAGAGACACAAUCAUCUGCUCGCAGCGCGCCUCCAGGAACUGGAGGCAUCUGCUCAGGGGACAGCUCCAGCCCCCUUGGAUCAAGAGAGGCUGAGCGCUGAAAGUCUGGAGGACUACAAGCAGCACUCUCAGGCUCAGCACCAGGAGCUGGUCAACAACAUCUACACUCUGCGUAAAGAUCUGCACGAUGCUGAGGCACUGCGGGAUAGGUACUUGGAGGCGAACGAGGUUCUCGACUUGAAAUGCACGACAUUGAAGAAGGAUGCCAAAAUGUAUCGUGACCGAAUGGAGGGUAUCCUGAAACAGAUGGAUGAGGUUAUCAGGGAGAGAGACAAGGCCAUCGCCUCACGAGAGGAGUACCACCAGGAGAAUUGCCGGGGCCUCCAGGAGAAGGACAAGUACCGGAAACAGAUUCGGGAGCUGGGUGAGCGCUGUGAUGAGCUGCAGGUCCAGUUGUUCCGGACAGAGGGAGAGGUUAUUGCGCUACAGACCAGACUUCACAGACACACCUGCUCCCAACAUGAUAUUGAGUGUGUUUUUCCCCCUGUGUGUUCUCUGCCACAGAAAAGCCAGACCAGUGAGGAAGACUGCAAAGAUAAAUUAACCAAAGCUAGUAGCGUGGAGCUGCAAAGUCCGACAUCAGGGGAGUAUGAUGUGUGCAUUGCUUCGCAAGACCACCAGUUGUGUGCAGGAGGGCCCAGGGAGGAGAAUAUCUCAGCAGAAAGAGCUCCAUCAGUGGAUGAGGUCUUAGGUUGUAGCAAGCCCAGAUCGAGGUGUAACAUCUACUACAGAAGGAAACGUGUCCUUAGGUCAAAGCCCACAUGGAAGGAACACACACCUUGUCACCUGGACAACAGCAGUGGAAGUGACAACACUGACACGGAUGGGAUGUGACUGAGAGAGGGGGAACAGAGGAGGGGCUGGGUGACAUGGCAAGGACCUUGAGACACAGGCUAGUUUACAUUCUUAAACCAAACAUGUUUCAUUAUUAAAUCAAUUGAAAUAAUCAUUUUGUUGAUAUCAUGAAUACGUUUAAUCGUUAUAUUUUUCCAAUAAUAUUUGUAUAUUUUGAACCGUGAUUGCAUGAUGAAUGUGUUUCUGUAUUCAAGUUAUUUGUACGAGAGACGGUAUCAACACCUUCCUCUGAUGUCUUUGCUUGUAUCUCUUCAUGUGCAUUUUAGAAGAAAUGCAAAAGCAGAGGAAAGUGGGGAUAAUGAAUGGCAAAGAAAAGUAAAGAUACAAUUUGUAUAGAAAUCUUUGAUAGAGGCACACUUGCACUUUGUCCACAAAAUGCAGACACUGUUUGGAAUUUAUGGACACAAGACGUUACAAUCUUUGCAUUUUGUGUCACGGAAUAAAAUGUUUUCACAAAAUGUUACAUGUUGCAAAUGGAUAACUUGGAGCAGGGAUGAGCAACUUUGAUGGGGGUAGGGGCUGAACUCAUCAUGAGGGGCUGCAGUGGCUUGUGGGUCUGCGAACCCACAUCCAUACCCACACAUAUGCAGUCAGAGCCGGCACUAGCCAUUUAGGGGCCCAAAUAAUUUUGUUGCCCAAUCCAUUUUAGUGGUUAAUUUCCUGCAAUUCUACAGUCGUGGCCAAAAGUUUUGAGAAUGACAAAUAUUAAUUUUCACAAAGUCUGCUGCCUGAGUUUGUAUGAUGGCAAUUUGCAUUUACUCCAGAAUGUUAUGAAGAGUGAUCAGAUGAAUUACAAUUAAUUGCAAAGUCCCUCUUUGCCAUGCAAAUUAACUGAACCCCCCAAAAACAUUUCCACUGCAUUUUAGCCCUGACACAAAAGGACCAGCUGACAUGUCAGUGAUUCUCUCGUUAACACAGGUGUGAGUGUUGAUGAGGACAAGGCUGGAGAUCACUCUGUCGUGUUGAUUGAGUUCAAAUAACAGACUGGGAGCUUCAAAAGGAGGGUGGUGCUUGAAAUCAUUGUUCUUCCUCUGUCAGCCAUGGUUACCUGCAAGGAAACACAUGCCGUCAUCAUUGCUUUGUCAAGAAGGGCAGCAAAGAAGCCACUUCUCUCCAGGAAAAACAUCAGGGACAGACUGAUAUUCUGCAAAAGGUACAGGGAUUGGACUGCUGAGGACUGGGGUAAAGUCAUUUUCUCUGAUGAAUCCCCUUUCCGAUUGUUUGGGGCAUCCGGAAAAAAGCUUGUCCGGAGAAGACAAGGUGAGCGCUACCAUCAGUCCUGUGUCAUGCCAACAGUGAAGCGUACUGAGACCAUUCAUGUGUGGGGUUGCUUCUCAUUCAAGGGAGUGGACUCACUCACAAAGUCACAGCCUAAGAACAUUUUCACAAAGUCUGCUGCCUGAGUUAGUAUGAUGACAAUUUGCAUUUACUCCAGAAUGUUAUGAAGAGUGAUCAGAUGAAUUGCAAUUAAUUGAGUGGCCCAGUCAGAGCCCGGACUUGAACCCGAUCGAACAUCUUUGGAGUGACCUGAAAAUAGCUGUGCAACGACGCUCCCCAUGCAACCUGACAGAGCUUGAGAGGAUUUGCAGAGAGAAACUACAGUUAUGCCAAGCCUGUAGUGUCAUACCCACGAAGACUCGAGGCUGUAAUCACUGCCAAAGGUGCUUCAACAAAGUACUAAGUAAAGGUUCUGAAUACUUAUGUAAAUAUGAUAUUUCAGUUUUUUAUUUUUAAUACAUUUGCAAAAAUGUCUAAAAAGCUGUUUUUGCUCUUUCAUUAUGGGCUAUUGUGUGUAGAUUGACGAGGGGAAUUUUUUUUCAUCCAUUUUAGAAUAAAGCGUAACAAAAUAACGUAACAAAAUGUGAAAAAAGUCAAGGGGUCUGAAUACUUUCCGAAAACACUGUAUAUACAGAAUACUAUAUGGUGUCAUUUUUAAAAAUGUGUUUAACCUUUUAUUUAACUAGGCAAGUCAGUUAACAACAAAUUCUUAUUUACAAUGACGGCCUACCCUGGACAAACCCUAACCUGGACACUGCUGGACCAAUUGUGCGCCUCCCUGUGGGACUCUCAAUUACGGCCGAUUAUGAUACCGCCUGGAAUCGAACCAGGGUCUGUAUUGACGCCUCUAGCACAGAUCCACUGCCUCACAUACUGACCACACCGCUUGCGUCGCGUGUGCGAGCGUUGCAAAAUAAAGUUAAACAUACAUGUUGUUCAAUUAUUACACCCACACUGUUCGCGCAUGCCAACGAGCGUCUGCGUUGUCAAGGGCUAAAAUAGAAGUCCGUUCUAUUUGUGACACUGAUCGCGGUGCAAGUCCUGCCUUUCCCAUCUCCUCAUUGGUUUAUAGAAGAUAAUACCCACGCGCCAUCUCCUCAUCUCCUCAUUGGUUACAUGGGUGAUUGAAAGACGAACUGAGGUCGGUCGUGGUCAAAGUAAUACUAUUAGAUGCCAAUCGCCAUAUAAAGUCCAGAGAAGAAAAAUCCUGAAAGGAGGAGUGAUGACUAGAAAUGAUUCGGUUGGCCUUUUUAUGUGUGGAUUAAUUGUCCGAGUAGAGGACCUUGUGCAUUUCAGGUAAAAUAACAACUCAACGUUUAUAUCCCAGGACAAAUUAGCUAGCAACAGCAAGCUAGCUGAAUAGGACAAAUUAGCCAGCAACUGCAAGCUAGCUAUAUUGCCAUAAUUGUUUAAUGUUUUUCGACCUGUCUCCAAAUUAAUAUAAUUGGUUCAGAGUUUGUUUCGAUAUUUCAACCUGCGCGCGUGCACGACCGGUUUGGGUAAGGUGUCCUGUGCCACUCAGGAGCCCCCUUUUACUCCACGCAUUCCAUUGGCAGCGGAAUCAAAUCACAUGUGCUUACUGCACUACAGAAAAUCUGCUAACCAAACAACAGUGCAGGGCAUGCUCACUGAAUUAUAAGGCAACUACACUCAAAAAUUGAAUUUGGGAAGAAAACAUAAGUAGGCAACAACAAAAAAAAAGGAUGUUUUUCGCUGUGCAUGACUGCACUUUAGAAUGUGUGUCAUCUUGCAGGACAGCAUUUUGGGGAAAGUUGAGGGCCAAUAUUGAAUAUGCACCCAAGAGUGAAGAGAGGUUGGGCCAUCCUAGAAAUGUUUUAGUGACAUGUAAUAUAAUAUAUACAAUUUAGUAGACGCUUUUAUCCAAAGCAUUUUUACUUAUGCCUGGGAAUAGGACCCAAUAUCCUGGCAAUGCAAUGCAAGAUGCAUGACAGGGUUAUAAAUGCUUUGUGAAGCCUCAAUUUAGUAUUAUUUAUAUGGCCUUUAUUAAGAGGUGCUUAUGCCAUCCUUUAUAAAGCACAGGUUUAAGUUAUAUUUGACAUAGUGGGUUGUCACAUGUGACAUUGGUUGUUAUGUCACACAGUUAUGCCAGAUUUAUGAACCUUUUAUAAACCAUGACAUAUGGUUAUAGAUUUAUAACACAUUUAUGUAGUGUUGGUCGUUCGGUUCGGUUCGGUUGCCAGAGAUGCGACCCAUUCGCUGUCUUUUUUUUGUUGCUAAAUCUAUAUGGACGUUUUAUUGUAAAACAUGAUGACUUGCAUUUAAUAAAAAGCAGUAGCACUUUAUUUAAAGUCUAAUAGAUGGCUAAUUCGCUUAUGUGUUCUAAAAGUCAAUCUACCAACUUCUUAAGCUAUUG